AUGGUGUUGACAGCCCCGCUGCCGGACGAGGUCCUGCUGCACCUCUUCAGCUACCUCGACCUCAGCGCCACUGUCGCCGCCCUACGCGUCUCGCGCCAUUGGCACGAGCUCGCCAACGACCCCGUGGUGUGGAAGCGGUUGUGCGGCGAGAGGGAGUUUCCCAAGGUGGACCGCCGCCGGUUCGGCAGCGACUGGAAGCGCUGGUAUCGCUGCAUGACGGAACGCAUCGCCGUGAACGCCUUCCGUAACGACUACCCAAGACCAGCGCAUUCCUACGAACCGCCCAUCCGCGUACUCGUGGAGCCCGACGCCAGCGUCCGCACGUUGGUCCGGGUGAUCGCGUGCAGUUCGAUGAUGCCGCCGCACAAGCUGCACCUCUUUCGCAUCGACGACUUAGACGGCCUGGUGGCGCUGGAGGACCCGACCCAGAAGCUCGUCGACGCCGGCAUCACCAGCAACACGAACGUCUCCUUCGGACUGUGUGCCAGGCCUCCAAAAUGA